AUGUCUACAACCACUACAACCGAAACUCACGCUGAGACGGCACCCGUCAAGCUGGCCUUGGCAUACGAUGAUAAGAUCCACGAUCAAUACAAAUACGCCCAAUACUUGCCGGUGUACGACGAAAAGACAUCCUUCCCCCCGCUACAGCCAUUCGAGUUCAACGACCGCGGUCUCGCAGCGAACAAGGAGAAGCUAAAUCUCCUUCCGAGGGACAACAAAGAGAUCAAGGCCACGAAGCUGACACCAGUCAUUGGCACCGAGAUUCGAGGCUUGCAACUAUCUCAGCUGAACGACAGACAGAGAGACGAGCUUGCACUUCUCAUCGCGGAGCGCGGCGUCGUCGUGUUCCGAGACCAAGACUUCAAGGACAUCAGCAUCGAGAAGCAAAAGGAAUUCGGGGAAUACUUUGGUCCUCUCCACAUCCACCCCGUCGGCGCGCAUGUCAAGGACCAUCUCGAGCUGCACAACAUCUACCUGGGUCCGGACAAUGAGUAUCGCAACCGAAGCAAGAGCAACAAACUCUCGACCAUCGGGUACCACUCAGACGUGUCGUAUGAGCACCAAUCACCGGGCGUCACGAUCCUUACACUUCUCUCUGUACCUGAGACGGGCGGCGACACGGCGUGGGUUUCUCAGACGGCGGCGUAUGCGCGAUUGUCGAGGCCGAUACAAGCUCUUCUCGAGGGUUUGAGAGCAGAACACAGCGGCUUUCCCCAAGCCGACAACGGUCGUCGAGACGGCAAAUUUGUGCGGAGGGAGCCGGUCAAGUCGGAGCAUCCCAUUGUUCGGAUUCAUCCCGCAACUGGCCAAAAGGCGCUGUUCAUCAAUCCAGGCUUCACAAAGAGGAUUGUCGGCCUUCGAGAUGAGGAAUCAAAUGCGCUGCUGAAGCUCCUGUUCAAGCAUAUCAACAACGGCCAGGACUUCCAAGUCCGCGUCAAGUGGGAAGAGGGAACUGUCGCUCUCUGGGAUAACAGAGUGACGGCGCACACUGCCAUCUCGGACUACAACGUCCACAACCCACAGGAAGGGCUGCGACACGGCUUUCGGAUCACCACUUUGGCUGAUAAGCCGACGGGGGUCAAUGGCUUAGAGUCCACGUGGUAG